UAAUAAAAUAAAGUGAUAACACAGACAGAGUGUUAAAUUGCUACUUCUCUUCUCUUCCCUUUCCUCCUUUUAUAUAGCUGGUGUUCUUGAAACAAGAUUCAUUAUCCAGUGGAACAUAAAAGUAAAACCAUGGAAGAUCAUCUGUUACUUAAAGAUCACAACAGAUACCAUAAAAGAGACGAAGAAAAGGAUUCAAGAAAUGGUCUAACAUGGCCUGUUUUUACUCAAGAAGUCAAACAACUUGGCUACAUAGCAGCUCCUAUGGUGGCCGUUGUUCUCUCUCAGUUUCUUCUGCAAGUAGUUUCGAUGAUGAUGGUGGGUCACCUCGGUGAACUCGCCCUUUCUAGCACCGCCAUAGCCACCUCUUUAUCUGGUGUCACUGGUUUUAGUCUUCUUUUAGGGAUGGCCAGUGCGCUGGAAACUCUAUGUGGACAAGCAUAUGGAGCUAAGCAAUAUCACAAACUCGGAAUCCAAACUCAAACUGCGAUCUUCUGUUUAAUCUUAGUUUGUAUUCCUCUUUCCAUAAUAUGGACAUUCAUGGGCAAGAUUCUUGUUUUCAUUGGCCAAGACCCCAUAAUUUCCCAUGAAGCUGGUAAAUAUUUAAUGUGGCUUAUUCCUGCACUCUUCGCCUAUGCGGCUCUUCAGCCGCUAGUUCGGUUCUUUCAGAUGCAGAGUCUGAUCAAUCCUAUGUUGCUAAGCUCUUGUGCAACUCUUUGUUUCCACAUACCUCUCUGUUGGGUUUUAGUGUACAAGUCGGGACUGCAAAACGUUGGAGGAGCAUUAGCAUUUUGUAUUUCAAGUUGGUUGAAUGUGAUUAUCCUUGGACUAUACAUGACCUACUCUACUGCAUGUGCUAAAACUCGAGCCCCAAUCUCUAUGGAGCUGUUUCAUGGAAUUCGAGAAUUCUUCCGAUUUGCUAUUCCUUCUGCAGUAAUGAUCUGCCUUGAAUGGUGGUCAUUUGAGCUCCUUGUCUUGCUCUCAGGACUCUUACCAAAUCCGCAGCUUGAAACUUCUGUUUUAUCCGUCUGUCUCCAGACUAUCUCUACACUCUAUGCAAUUCCAUAUGGAUUUGGUGCUGCAGUAAGCACUAGAGUUUCAAAUGAAUUAGGAGCAGGAAACCCGCAAGCUGCACGUAUUGCUGUUUAUGCUGUCAUGUUUCUUGCAUUUGUGGAGACAGCUAUAAUAAGCAGUACGCUCUUUGCCAGCCGCCGCGUCUUUGGUUACUUAUUCAGCAACGAAAAGGAAGUAGUGGAUUACGUGACAAUGAUAUCUCCUCUGGUUUGCUUAUCUGUUAUAAUGGACAGCUUACAAGGGGUGCUUUCAGGAGUUGCAAGGGGAUGUGGAUGGCAGCAAAUAGGAGCUUAUAUUAACCUCGGCGCCUUCUACCUUUGUGGGAUUCCAAUCGCCGCCGUUUUGGGUUUCUGGGUACAGUUAAGAGGCACGGGCCUUUGGAUUGGAAUACAAGUUGGCGCAUUUACACAAGUGACUCUACUCGCUAUCGUUACAUGUUUUGUAAAUUGGGAGAAACAGGCAAGUAAGGCAAGGGAAAGGAUAUUUGAAGGAAGAUCUUCUGUUGCCAAUAUAGUUACGUGAAUUGCAAGAUACGAUUGGUGUUGUUGUACUUUGAGGAAAAGGUCAAUCCGGUCCUUGAACUAAUGUGACUCAAGGUCAAAUAAUUCACUCUCAACGUUUUUGAUCAAUUAAGGACAAUACUUUCAAUUUUUUUGAUUAAUUAAGGAUAGUACUCUCUAUUUUUUGGCCAAUUAAGAACAAAUUGGAGCAUCCCGGUGCCUGAACUUAUUCAUAUUGUAUGAUUUUGUCCUUAAUUAAUCCAAAAAUAAAGAUAAUUGUCUCUAAAUAAUCAAAAUGACAGAAACUGAAUUGUUUAAUGCUGAAUUACAAAUUGAGGGAUCGGAUUGGCGCUUUGCUCGUUCUGCUUUCGUCUUAAAUAAUUUAAUAUAAGAGUUUUUAUUUA